UUUAAAUAUUUAGAAUUUUAUUCGUAUUUUAUACUGAAAAUCCAUUUUAAUUCAUUUUACAUGGUCUCUUAUAUUAAAAUGUACUUUUAAUAGUUAUUCAGCCUAACACUCAACUAAUUUUUUGAAAAAUUACUUAUUUAUAAACUCAAACUAGAAGUUGCUUCUGUAAAAAACUGCAGCAGGGUCAAACUAGAUGUGGAAAAAAUUCAUAUCCAAUAUGGUUGUCUUCAAAUUCUCACGCCAGCUAGAGAUCGAUCAUUUUCUCGCUUCUCUUCUAAGUUAGACGUUGUUCUGUUUGUAUUUCAAUGUUAUUAGGGAUGACAACAAAACCUAAACCCACGGGUACCCUACCCGACCCAACCCGGUCAAUGCGGGUAAAACCCGUGUUGACUUGUUUUGGGCCAGGUUCGGGUUUAAACCCGUUCACUAUUUACCGGGUUGGGUUGGGUUUGGGUUUAGGUAAACCGCCCCAUGGGUACCCGCCCACACCCAUAUAAUUAAUUUUUCCGGUAUAUUUAAUAUUCUAAAUAGCUAGUCCUCUUUAUGUUUGUAGAGACAUGUCUAAUUUUUUCUUUCUAAUUGUGUAGAAUGAAGUUGAUAUAUCGAGUAGAAUGUGAAGAAGCUUAAUUGACAAGGAGGAAGAUGCUUUUAAUUUAUCAUGUUGUUUAUAGAUAAUUUGUGAUUUGCUUCAAUUUUCUUGAGUGUUCUAGAUUGGUGUUGAAAAGUUUGUAUGAUUAAUUUGUGAUUUGCUUGAAUUUUCUAGAAUAGUGUUUUAUAUAUGUGGAUAAUUUGUAUUGAGAGAUUGAUAUUUGACUUUUAUUUUUAUAGAAACUUGUUAUUGUAAAUUUUUUAUGACAAAAUCCAUGGGUACCCAUAAACCCGCAUAUACCCAACGAGUUGGGUUGGGUUUGAAUUUUUCAAACCCAAUGAAUUUUACCUCGAGUUUUUUUCAUGGAUAAACUCAUGGAUUUGGAUUUUUCAAAACUCGACCCAACCCGACUAUUGCCAUCCGAAUAUAUUAUACUUUCAUUGAUUUUGCUUCAUGUUGAUCAAGCUUUAGUGUUGCUAUGGUUUGGCCCAUUCCAGCUGUAUAACCUCCUGGUUAGUGGUAAGGAACUUCACGGAAAUGCUAGAAGAGGAGGAGACACCUUCUUGGUUUGAGCAUUCAAUCAUAACCUGAAGGAUUAAUAUAUUAUCAGCAUGUUUGGAUACAAUUCUGGAAGAAAUGGAAAUGGAAAUGAAAUUCAUUUUUUUUAUUUUUAUAGAAUUUCAUUUCCAAUUCUAGUGUUUGGUAUAAUUCCUAUAACUAUCGAAAUAAAUUGCACUUUUAAUCAUAAUAAAUAAUGUAUUAUGUUUGUUUUAUUUUGGGAAAUGAAAUAUGAUUGAAAGAGAAAGAGAGUAAAAUGAUAGUGUCAAUAAAUUAAUAAAAAGUAUUAAUGGGUCCCACUAAUUCCAUCUUCAGAAAAGUUAAUUGCAACCUAUACUUGGAAACCAUACCAUUUUGCAUAAGACAAUACCUCUUAUUAAUCACUCCUCCAAUUGACAUCACACCACCACCACCAUUAUUUCCCUCCAUCUACUCACAUCUACAACCAACUAUUUGUAAUCACCCACAUCAUUUUACUGUCAAGUGUAUGUAUAUAAACAACGAGCCUCCUGUAUCAAUGUAAUAGAGAUAUAUUCCAUCAAUAGAAUUCAUAUCUCCACAUGGUAUCAGAGCACAAAAAGCACAAAUACUCGAUCCCUUAACCAAUCCACCAUUCUCCAAGCUACACCCUCCUCCUUUCUUGCUUCUUCUCGACAACGUACAACAACUUCCAAAAACAAAAAAUUCCCAAAAUCACCAACCCAAUCCAACUGCACAUCACUCCCGCCUUCUUCGACAACAACAACUUCCAAAAACCAAAAAAAAAAUCCCCAAAAUCACCAACUCAAGCUAGCUGCAUAUCACUCUCCGCCAAUUUUAUUCUUUCUUUUUCAGAACUAUUAUUCACUUCCCUCGGCCGCACAUCACUUUCUAUUAUCAUCCUGUCUGACUCCCCUACAGGCGGCGACGGAUCCGUGGUGCUCCCACUCACCGGCGAUGACAAUCAUGUCAUCUCUCAAAAUCCGGCUUCACAGCUCCCCACAAAGUUAAACAAAAAUAACUUUCCUCAAUGGCGUGCGCAGCUGUUAACUCUUCUUCGUGGGCUGGAUUUGUUGUCAUUUGUUGACGGCACCAACACGCAGCCGGCAGAAGGAUCACCGGGACGCAAUCGAUGGUAUCGCCAAGAUCAAUUGAUCCUACAUGCUAUACUGUCCUCUGUCUCUGAUGUGGUGUCUCCCUAUAUUUUGGCAGCAAUCACUGCUCGUCAAGCAUAUUCCAUCCUUGAGAGGAUGUAUGCAGGAAAUUCUCGCUCUCGGGUCAUUGGUUUGAAGACCCGUCUUGCGCAAGAGAGACAAGGCAACCGUUCUGUGUCUGCUUUUCUACAGGAGAUGCGAACCAUCUACACCGAGCUAGCUCUUGUCCAAGCACCGGUUGCAGAUGAAGAUCUUGUUCUUAAAAUUCUACGAGGGAUGAACUCAGAAUUUGGCCCUCUUGCGGCUGACCUUCGUGCUCGUGAGAACCCGAUUGAUGUCGAAGAUCUCCAUGACAGAUUGGUGGAGUUCGAAUAUGAUCUUGCUGCCAGCCGCCACUCACCCACGACGGCCUUUUCUAUUCAACGUGGAUGUGGUGGUGUUCGAGGCCAAGUAGCGCGUGGUCGUGGCCACUCUCACUCGCAACAUCCUUCUCAUCAACGCUACUUUCAGCACCCCAACAGGCUGUCAAUCGCCAAUUUUAUCAGGAGCAACCACACUCUUCACUUCAACCGCUUCACCAACACCAGCCACCUUCUCGAGGCAAUCUCAUUAACUUUCAGGUCAUCAACAGAGUGUUGGUCGUGGUGGAAGAGUGAGGGUCGUUUGUCAGUUAUGUGACAAACCCGGACACACUGCAAAGGAAUGCUACAGUCUUCAUGGGCGCCCUCCUACUCUAGCUUACCAUACCUCUGCUGGUCCCUCUAAUUCUGGCUGGUUAAUGGACUCCGCAGCAACCAACCAUAUCACCCCAGACCUUGGCAAUCUUUCUCUUUACGCAGACUAUAAUGGCCCGGAUGAGGUUCUUGUUGGUGAUGGGACAGGUUUGCAAAUAACACGCAUUGGCAACUCUAUGGUUUAUGCUUCUGCUGCUUCUUUGCAAUUAAAGGAUGUUCUUUGUAUUCCUGCCAUCAAGCAACAUUUACUAUCCGUUGCUAAAUUAUGUAAAGCUAAUCCAGUCUCAGUAGAGUUUUUCUCUUAUUAUUUUGUUGUGAAGGACUUGUCCACGGGGGCGCAACUACUCCGAGGCUAGAAUAGAGGGGAUGUGUACGAGUUGUCGUCGGAUGUAAAGAUCGUUCGCCUAGCACUUGCCACUACCACAACUUCAUCGGCUGUCUGGCACAAUCGACUAGGACAUCCACAUUCUAGGCUGCUCCCCGUGUUUUGCGCUCUCAAGCUCUUCCAGUUUCCAAUUCCUCCACUUCCUUUUCUUGUGAUUCUUGUUUGGUGAACAAAACUCAUAAACUUCCCUUUUCAGUGUCUACUUUGACUAGUUCAAGACCCUUUGAUUUGUUAUACAUGGAUGUUUGGGGACCUUCGCCCAUUUGCUCCAUUGAUAAUUUUUCAUAUUACUUGGUCAUCGUUGAUCACUUUUCCCGCUACACUUGGCUUUAUCCUCUCCAAUACAAGUCUGAUGUCUCUGACACUUUUAUCACAUUCACACGUUUGGUUGGAAACUAUUUUCACACUUCUGUUCGUCGUGUUUUUACUGAUGGUGGGGGUGAAUUUCAGAAACUACGAUCUUUUUUUCAAAAUCGUGGUAUAUCUCACCUUCUUACUCCUCCUCACACCCCAUAGCAUAAUGGUUUAUCCGAACGCAAACAUCGUCAUGUUGUUGAAACAGGUCUCACACUCAUGCAUUGCGCACAUCUCCCUAGUUCUUUCUGGUCUCAUGCCUUUCAGUCAGCCGUGUGUCUUAUCAACCGUCUCCCUUCUACAUCCCUCCAUAAUCAGACACCGUAUUUCACUCUUUUUAAUGAGUCUCCAAAUUAUUUUAAACUAAAGAGUUUUGGGUGUCUUUGCUAUCCGUGGCUCCGCCCGUAAAGUGCUCAUAAGUUAGCCCCUCGUUCUCGACCCUGCAUUUUUCUUGGCUAUUCCACGAACCAGAGUGCAUACAAAUGCUAUGAUCCAGUUGAUUGUCGUGUCUUUGUUUCUCGACAUGUUCAGUUUGUCGAAACUACUUUUCCUGGCCUUUCCCCUUAUUCUGAAUCCUCCAUGUCUUCUUUAAAGUGGCUUGCCUCCACCACUCCGACUGUGGAACUUGUACCUCUCUCCACAUCUACAACGCAGCGGCAUCACAAUCAUCCCACUACUAAAAUUGUAUCCUCUUCAUCAACAUCUCCUGCUCGUACACAACUUGCAUCGCCAUCCCCUUCUUCUGCCUCAGAAAAGUCUGCCUCCCCACGGUCAGCUCCUUCACCGCCAACACCAACGCCAACGCCACCACCUUCACAUGUUGUCCUCUCCCCUCCACCAGCUCCACCUCAUCGGAUGGUAACUCGCAGUCAACAUGGUAUUUUCAAGCCUAAACGGAUGUUUACUUCUCAGGUAUCUUCUCCUUUUGAGCCUUCCUCUGUUAAGCAGGCUCUUGUCGAUCCUCUUUGGCGUACUGCCAUGCUACAGGAGUUGGCUGCCCACUACUCUAAUGGUACUUGGUCCUUAGUCCCUUCGGCUUCCACUCAAAACCUUGUUGGUUGUCGCUGGGUUUUUCUAAUAAAGUACAAGGCAAAUG